GCUCGGCCGGUCGAGCAUGAGACCGUGAGGAGAGCGACGGGCCGGGGCCGCCGACAUGUUUGGCCGCUCGCGGAGCUGGGUGGGCGGGGGCCACGGCAAGUCCUCCCGCAACAUCCACUCCUUGGACCACCUCAAGUAUCUGUACCAUGUUUUGACUAAGAACACCACCGUCACAGAGCAGAACCGGAACCUGCUGGUGGAGACCAUCCGUUCUAUCACCGAGAUCCUGAUCUGGGGAGACCAGAAUGACAGCUCUGUAUUUGACUUCUUCCUGGAGAAGAACAUGUUUGUUUUCUUCUUGAACAUCCUGAGGCAGAAAUCGGGCCGCUAUGUGUGCGUUCAGCUGCUGCAGACUUUGAACAUCCUCUUUGAGAAUAUCAGUCACGAGACUUCACUUUAUUACCUGCUGUCCAACAACUAUGUGAAUUCCAUCAUCGUCCACAAGUUCGACUUUUCUGACGAGGAGAUCAUGGCAUAUUAUAUAUCGUUCCUGAAAACACUUUCGCUCAAGCUCAACAACCACACUGUCCACUUCUUUUACAAUGAGCAUACCAAUGACUUUGCCCUGUACACAGAAGCCAUCAAGUUUUUCAAUCAUCCCGAAAGCAUGGUUCGAAUUGCUGUGAGGACCAUCACCCUGAAUGUCUACAAAGUGGACAACCAGGCCAUGCUGCACUACAUCAGGGACAAGACUGCCGUCCCCUACUUCUCCAACCUGGUCUGGUUCAUCGGGAGCCACGUGAUCGAGCUCGACACCUGCGUGCAGACUGAUGAGGAGCACAGGAACCGGGGCAAGCUGAGCGACCUGGUGGCCGAGCACCUGGACCACCUGCACUAUCUCAAUGACAUACUGAUCAUCAACUGUGAGUUCCUCAAUGACGUGCUCAGCGACCACCUGCUCAACAGGCUCUUCCUGCCCCUGUAUGUGUCCUCCCUGGAGAGCCCCGACAAGGGAGGAGAACGACCGAAAAUCAGCCUGCCUGUGUCUCUCUAUCUCCUGUCACAGGUCUUCCUGAUCAUACAUCACGCACCGCUGGUGAACUCCUUAGCUGAGGUCAUUCUGAAUGGCGAGCUGUCUGAGGUGUAUGCCAAGACUGAGCAGGACGUUCAGAGGAAUUCUGCCAAGCCCAGCAUUCGGUGCUUCAUUAAACCCACCGAGUCCCUGGAGCGGUCCCUUGAGAUGAACAAGCACAAGGGCAAGAGGCGGGUGCAAAAGAGACCCAACUACAAAAACGUUGGGGAGGAGGAGGACGAGGAGAAGGGGGCUGCCGAGGACGCCCAGGAGGACGCCGAGAAGGCUAAAGGUACAGAGGGUGGUUCCAGAGGCGCGAAGACGAGUGGGGAGAACGAAGAGAUCGAGAUGGUGAUCAUGGAGCGCAGGCUCUCGGAGCUGGCCGCCAGCUCCUCCCUGCAGGAGCAGAACACCACCGACGAGGAGAAGAGCGCUGCGGCCACGCGCUCUGCGGGCGUGCAGUGGAGCAGACCCUUCCUGGAUAUGGUGUUCCACGCCCUGGACAGCCCCGACGACGACUACCAUGCCCUCUUCGUGCUCUGCCUCCUGUACGCCAUGUCCCAUAACAAAGGCAUAGAUCCUGAAAAACUAGAGCGAAUCCAGCUGCCGGUGCCAAAUGAAGCUGAGAAGACCACGUAUAACCACCUGCUGACCGAAAGACUCAUCAGGAUCAUGAACAAUGCUGCCCAGCCAGAUGGGAAGAUCCGGCUGGCGACCCUGGAGCUGAGCUGCCUGCUCCUGAAGCAGCAGGUCCUGGCUGCCGCGGGCUGCAUCAUGAAGGACGUGCACCUGGCCUGCCUGCAGGGUGCAAGAGAAGAGAGUGUCCACCUCGCAAGACAUUUUUAUAAGGGAGAAGACAUUUUUUUGGACAUGUUUGAAGAUGAGUAUAGAAGCAUGACGAUGAAGCCCAUGAAUGUGGAGUAUCUCAUGAUGGACGCCUCCAUCCUGCUGCCCCCGACAGGCACGCCGCUGACAGGCAUUGACUUUGUGAAGCGACUGCCGUGUGGUGACGUGGAGAAGACAAGGAGGGCCAUCCGGGUGUUCUUCACGCUGCGCUCCCUGUCGCUGCAGCUGCGAGGGGAGCCGGAGACCCAGCUGCCGCUGACCCGGGAGGAGGACCUGAUCAAGACCGACGACGUCCUGGACCUGAAUAACAGUGACUUGAUCGCGUGCACAGUGAUCACCAAGGACGGUGGCAUGGUCCAGAGAUUCCUGGCUGUCGACAUUUACCAGAUGAGUUUGGUGGAGCCUGAUGUGUCCCGGCUUGGCUGGGGAGUGGUCAAGUUCGCAGGCCUUCUGCAGGACAUGCAGGUGACUGGCGAGUACGACGACAGCCGCGCCCUGAACAUCACCAUCCACAAGCCCACCUCCAGCCCCCACUCCAAGCCCUUCCCCAUCCUCCAGGCCACCUUCGUCUUCUCGGACCACAUCCGCUGCAUCAUCGCCAAGCAGCGCCUGGCCGUGGGGCGCAUCCAGGCCAGGCGCAUGAAGAUGCAGAGGAUAGCGGCCCUCCUGGACCUCCCGAUCCAGCCAAGAACCGAAGUCCUGGGGUUUGGACUUGGCUCCUCCGCCUCCACCCAGCACCUGCCUUUCCGCUUCUAUGAGCAGUGUCGCAGGGGCAGCAGCGACCCCACCGUGCAGCGCUCUGUGUUUGCAUCUGUGGACAAGGUGCCGGGCUUCGCCGUGGCCCAGUGCAUAAACCAGCACAGCUCGCCAUCCCUGUCAUCGCCGUCACCACCAUCUGCCAGCGGGAGCCCCAGCGGCAGCGGGAACACCAGCCACGGUGACUCGGGGGGCUCAUCCUCCACCCCCUCCGCAGCCCAGAGCCCAGCAGGUCUGAGCAACCGUCACGGUGUUCCCAGAACAUGGCCCUAGGUCCCCGCUGAACCUGGUCCGUGCUUGUGUCCAUGUGGCCCCGUGUGCACACCUGCCGUGUGUUUCCGUGUCUGCGUGUGACAGCUGCUACCUGGAGAGCUCGCCCCACACAGCCCGCACGCCUCCCUCACAUUGAUAAGGAGACACAGCCAACGGCUGAGUGGACACAUGAGCCCAGAACCGAAACCAGCAGGUGCCACGUUACCAGAAUCAGGCCUCAGCCCGUGGAUGCCCACCUGAAGGAGGCUGGCGCUUGGCGCUGCACCCCCAGGGGGUCCCAGCCUUCCCCGGCCUUCCUCCGCCCUUCCGUCCCUGUCCCCACCACUCCCCGCAGGGCCCAGGGCUGGUAGCCCUGCUUGUCAGGUGGCCAGGCAGUCCCAGCCAGUCACGGGACCUCUGAGGUGUCUGCUCCCGCUCAGUGUGUCCCAGCAGGCUGGCGGAGACAAGGACACAGGUCCCUGCUUUUUAUGCCACACAACAAUAAAAGCCUGAGGCCCAGGUCCCACCUCAGACUGCAAGACAGCCAGCGCCUGGUGACGAUCAGCCUGCGGGCAACUUCACUUCACCGUCACACAGGGACACAGACACCUUGGGACCCAGCUGUUGAUCCCUGGAAGGGGGGGCAGCAGAGCCCACAGGCUCCUCUUGCCCUGAUGCCAGGCUCCCGGGCCAGCCCUCGACCACCGCAGGCCGAGCAGAACAAAGCCUGCUUCUCACCAGCCGGCUCCAGCAUCUGCCUGGUGUCCUACAAAGCUGCUGGAGGAAAAGCCAAGGACGGGAGGAGGAAUGGGACCUUGAGUUGGGACGGGGGCCCUUCCGCCAGUGGCCUGGUUUGACACUGGCUCUGAGCACUAACCCAGUGCUGAGUUCCUGAUCGGGGAAAGUCGGCCCUGGGCCACCUGCCAGACCUUCCACCCACCGAGGGCCAGCUACUGUCCUCCAGAGGGCCAGCCGGGCAGCCGCGUAGGCUGGAGGAACCUCUUGCCCCAGCCUGUCCACCCAUGGGGCCACUUGUCCUCAAAGUGGUGUUUAAGGGCACAGUGCUGAAUCAGAAGCACUCCUGUCCCUGGGUUGACAGCCUCCCAGAGUGCAGGGUGCCCCGUGGAGCUGGCAGCGGCCAGGCCCGCCUCUGCCAUGGAAGCCACAGUUCGCCUAGCCAGGUGUUGGUGGGGAAAGUGUAGAGGUGCCGUCCACCCCUGACGGGACAGGCCCAGUUUCCCAAGGUGCUGCUCCACAGUUUCGAAAACUUAGAUUGUACAAGGAUAUCCUUAAAAACGAGGGUGUUACAGAAUCCAGUUCUGUGAGGUGGGGUCUGGUGUUCUGCAGCCCAGGGGCCGCUCUGCUGCCCGGUUAACAUGUUUCCUAACACAAGAAAGGGCAGUGUGAGGGGCUGGACACGUUCACGGCCUGAGCUCACCACCACACGACAUGUCCGUGUAUCAGAUCAGCCAAUACGCACUGUAUCACUGGUCAGUCACCGCACCUCUCCUGCCAGCCCCUGUGGGUCCCCCAGGUGCGGGAGCAAAGCCAGCUGACGCUCGCUCCGGUUCUGUCCAGCUCAGGGGACCUUACGCUUCCUGCCUGGGUUUGACCAAGGCCCCUGUUUAUCCCAAAUACAGAUGUUCUCAGCUUCCUGUGGGCCCUAGUUUGGGAUUCCGGGAUUCAGUGAGUCAGGCUGUCCCUUUUGUUUUUGUGGACUUGAGACCUGACCCCAGAGGUCCCUCCACCAGCCCGGCCGUAGCCCGCCUUCUCAGUCCCCCCAGCUGCCCGGCUUCUGGCAUGCCCAACCCCAUUUCCUUGGCUCGUGUGGAGCCCCUGCUAAGCACAGGCACCAGGGUCAGCGGGGACUGGUCCCACAAGUGAGCAGGGUCACUGAGGUCCCUCAGACCUGUGCAGUCACAGACCACUGCAAAGGAGACCUGCAGGGGCUUCAUCCGCCAGCACAGCUCAGCUGUGGAAGGUUCCAGAGGCGCCCAGAGGAGGCAUCACUGGAGUGAGAGCCAAAGACUGACCAGGCCAGGGAUCCGUGAGAAAGGCAGCCCAGGGUCUCUCACAGGUCCACCAGGGCCCCAAGCCCUCCAUCUUGCUGGCCACCAGGGAACCCUUCUCCCGUCUCUCGGGCCUCCCUGUCGGGUUGCCUCCCCAGGACAGGCCGUGAGUGGUCUCUGAGAGGCAUUCCUGUGGCUGUCAGGCCCAAGGCUGGUGGCCCUGCCGUGACUUCAGCACCUGCAGGCCUAGCCCAGUAGGGCCCUGGCCAGAGCUGGAAAGGGUGCCCUGGUCACCAGGGGCUCCCUCAGUGUUGACAGCACCGGCUUCUGGGUCCCUCCCCAAGCCCGAGACAGCUGCAGAUGCCCUGGAGAGCUCAAGUCAGAGGCCCAGCUGAAGUCCCUGACACCCUGGACCCAACCAGAGGGGUUUUCCCUUCACUGUGGGGUGUUUUGCCUAUCAAAGCCGUGCCCAGGGGACCUGAAUGGCCAGCGUGAUACCCCUGCACCAGUCAGUUCUCGCCCACUGCCAUUUGUUUAUUAAUGCGACAGUGUUGCCCAAGCUGACCUCCAACUGCUGGGCUCGAGCAAUCCUCCUGCCUCAGCCUCCCAAGUACCAGGACUAGGG